CCCUAAUAAUAAUUAUCCUGGCAUAAAUAAUAAUUGAAAACCUAAGAAAUAGGUUUCUAUCAUCCCCUUCCCCUUGAGACCAACCUUGCCCUCAAGGUUGACCGACUCGACUCACUCUUUCGCAUUGCCCAUGCUACCGCGCCUCCUCCAUUUCUUGCGCUUCCUUUUCCUCCAAUCGUUCUCGACUACUCGACUUAGCCUUCUUUCUUCGACCUCUUGGUGCGGCUCCAAAGUUGUGGUCUUCAUUGCUGGUGGCCCAACCCUCGCAUCUUCUAAGUAUAUCGUCUCCUUCGCUGUCAUCAUACUCCACCAACCCGGAAUACUUAAAGAUUCGUUCUUGUUCAAGAACCCAUCCUUAAGUACCAACUCUUCAAGACCCUCAAACAUUCUUCUUGGAGCUAGCCCAAUCACUACCUUGGUUAUUUCUCUCAUUGUUUGUGGGCUAUGUUCCUUUAAAAGCCCACCAGCCAAACACAUAAACUCACCUUCCCAUUCCUCCAUGUCCAUCUUUAAAUCAUAAGUCAGGUUGAGCUUAAGCCUUUUCUACCAACAAGGCCCACUCUCUUUUAUUCUCGGCCCAAGACCAUUCAAGAGAGAUUUAUUCAAAGGGCUCCUCUGAAGCCCAAGUACUUCUUGAAAACCCGG